AUGGGAGCCAACGGCCCCGGCCCGGACACCCACCUCUCCUGGGACCUCGAGAGCAACGCCACGGGCCUCACCGCCUUCUCCAUGCCCGGCUGGCAGCUGGCUCUGUGGGCCACGGCCUACCUGGUUCUGGUGCUGGUGGCCGUGACCGGCAACGCCACGGUCAUGUGGAUCAUCCUGGCCCACCCGCGGAUGCGCACUGUCACCAACUACUUCAUCGUCAACCUGGCCCUGGCCGACCUCUGCAUGGCCGCCUUCAACACCGCCUUCAACUUCAUCUACGCCAGCCACAACAUCUGGUACUUUGGCCGCGCCUUCUGCUACUUCCAGAACCUCUUCCCCAUCAUGGCCAUAUUUGUCAGCAUCUAUUCCAUGACGGCCAUCGCCGCGGACAGGUACAUGGCCAUUGUGCACCCCUUCCAGCCCCGGCUGUCAGCUCUGGCCACCAGAGCGGUGAUCGCGGGCAUCUGGCUGGUGGCCCUGGCCCUCGCCUUCCCCCAGUGCUUCUACUCCACCAUCGUCAAGGACCAAGGUGCCACCAAGUGCCUGGUGGCCUGGCCCAAGGACGGCGGGGGCAAGACACCCCUCUUGUACCACCUCGUGGUGCUCGUUCUCAUUUACUUCCUGCCUCUGCUGGUGAUGUUCCUCGCCUACAGUGUCAUCGGCUUCACGCUGUGGCGCCGCGCGGUUCCUGGGCAGCAGGUGCACGGGGCCAGUUUGCGCCACCUGCAGGCCAAGAAGAAGUUCGUGAAGACCAUGGUGCUGGUGGUGGUGACGUUUGCCGUCUGCUGGCUGCCCUAUCACCUCUACUUCAUCCUCGGCAGCUUCCAGGAGGACAUCUACCACCACAAGUUCAUCCAGCAGCUCUACCUGGCCCUCUUCUGGCUGGCCAUGAGCUCCACCAUGUACAAUCCCAUCAUCUACUGCUGUCUCAACCACAGGUUCCGCUCGGGAUUCCGGCUCGCUUUCCGCUGCUGCCCGUGGGUCACACCCAGCGAAGAGGACAAGAUGGAGUUGACCCACACUCCGUCCAUGUCCAUGAGGGUCAACAGGUGCAACACAAAAGAGAUUUUGUUUGUGGUUGGGGACGUGGCCUCGCCUGAGAGUCCUCAGGACAGGGGACCGACUGAGCCCUGA